CAGGGUCGCGAAGGAAACAGCAUCCUCCUGGGCUUGGUCCUUCUCAUCGUGCCCUUCUUGCCCGCAACGAAUCUCUUCUUCACUGUGGGCUUCGUUGUCGCCGAAAGAAUCCUCUACAUUCCAAGCUUGGGAUACGCAGUGUUGAUAAGCAUAGGCCUAUCUCGCUUAGGCCGACUUCGAGCGCCCUGUCUUCUCUUGCUGCUGGUCGUGUUUUCCAUAAGGACUGUGCAGAGGAACAGAGACUGGGAGAGUAGAGAGACGCUGUUUGUUGCUGGCCUACGGACGUUGCCCCACAACGCCAAGAUGCAUUAUAACUACGCUAAUCUGCAGAAGGACCUUGGCAACACGAAUUUAGCCAAGUACCAUUAUGAAGAAGCAAUUAGACUCUGGCCGGGACACUCCAGCGCCCACAACAACCUCGGAACGCUACUGAACGACACGACGGCUGCUGAGACCCACUUCAGGCUCGCCCUCAAGGCCCACCCUCAACACGCCCACGCCUACUUCAACCUCGCCAACCUCAGACAGCAGCAGGGUCGGGUCGGAGAGGCCGUAGCCCUGCUGGAGGAGAGUCUACGCUACGACGCCACCAACAGGGACGCCGUGUCAGCCUUGGCAGGGUUAUAUGGAGACGCCGGACGCCCUGCAGAAGCCGAGAACCUCCACCUGGCUCUCCUGGGGGCGAGGCCGACGGACCCCGUCGUGCACAACAACUAUGCGGCGUUUCUGCAGCGGAUAGGGCGACGUGAAGCAGCUCUGAGACACUACGAAGCUGCGUUAGGACUGGACCCUGAGCACACAGUGGCUCUCGUCAACACGGCACGUCUUAUGAGGACCCUCGACCACAACAAGCAAGCAGAGAUCCUAUACAAGCGAGCCUUGGCGGUGGCGUGGGAACCAGAGAUCGGAGAGAGCCUCGGGAAGCUGUAUCUCAACACGGGCCGUCUAGAGGAUGCUGAAGCCACUUUUAACACCGUCCUCAGACUUCACCCUGAGAUGCUGUCGUCCAGGGUGUACUUGGCGCGCGUGAAGCUGCAGCAGAGGAGCUACGUGGAGAGCGAGGGUCUGCUGCGCCUCGUGCUGGCCCAAAGCCCGCACCACCAGGAAGCCCUUUUCCAGCUCUCCCUCCUCUACACCCACACCAACCGCACGCAAGACGCCCUCUCCCUGGCACGCCUGGCCGCCCACAACUGCUCAAGGCCGCCCACGCUCUGCGCCCAUCUCCACGCCCACUACGGCGACCUGCUUAACGACAGGAAUAACGUGGACCAGGCGGCACAGAGUUACCAGCUGGCGGUGGAGUUGGAACCAACACUCACUCACGCACACGUCAACCUCGGGGCCCUCUAUCACACUAAGGGCGACUACGCACGUGCCUGGAGACACUACCUGACGGCGCACGGCCAGGAGCCAUCCAACAGCCUCCUGCUGGAGAACAUGGAGAAGCUCCGAAGGGCACAGAACCUCCAGCAGGCAACCACCAGCAUGGCUCACUGCUUGAAUAAGUCCUGAUGCUAGAUCUACUUCUGCUGCUGCUGCUGCUUCUGCUGCUGCGGUCGAUUUCCGUGGACCAGGACUUUCCUAUAGCUCUCCCCCUCCUUCUUCUUCGUCUUUUUCGUCCAAUUUCUCCACCCUCUUCCUCUCCCUCCUUUUAUCCUCCUCCUCCUUUCUCCCUCCCUCUUUCUCUCUCUCUCCCCUUCCCUCCCCAGCACACCCAUCCUCUCUUCCUCCACUUUUCUCUUCUCUUUCUCUCCUAUACCUCUGCUCCAGUGACUUCCAGCGCUCCCUCUGCGUUCCUCGGCAGCACCAGAGGCCCCGUCAAUGUAAUAUAUAUACAUAUACAUAUACACUGCAGUUGCCAAAAAAGCGGAACUAAUAUGCUCAGUGGUGGUGAGAGUGACGUUGUAUCAUAAGUGGAAGUAACGACAUAAAGUUUGCGUUAUAAUAAAAGUAGCAUAUAUACAGUGGGAAUGAUGUGUACAUAUGAUUUAUAUACACGUAAAAGUGACGUAUAUAGCUUGUUUUUUGUAGUAAAAGAAGGGUGCAUUGGACAUGCAUCGGCGCAGACAAUGUUUUGAGAAAAUAGUAAAAAGAACAACUAUAUUUGAGCUGGAAAAAUAAUAUACCAGUAUACAUUGAUAUAAAACAUCCAUAUUGAAUUAAUAGUAGUGCAUAUAUGUUAAAGUAUAUCCUAGAAAAAAUGACAAACAUAUGUAUAGACUUUCCUAACAUGUCAUAAAUUCCCUUUCACAUUUUCCCUCAAAUUGUACAUAUGAGCAUCAAAGCUGUUAGCGUGACAGAAAAUGAUUCGGCGCUUGCGUGUAAGUGUGAUCCUGUUUUUUUAAAGGCUUAACACAGGGCAGAUAUUAGAUUCUCCAGAGUCGAUCUGAAAAAAAUGACGUUAUAUAACCUUCAUAAAUUUAUACAUGUUAUCCUAACUCUGGUCUUUGAUGUUUUUUUCUUUCUUUUUUAUGUAAUUCAUGGCGACGAAAAGAAUAAUAAUGAACCAGUAUGAACUUACUUUUGAUCACACGCGUCUUUGAUUAAUUAAAUUGGCAUAUGUUUUGUAGUUCUAUUUCGUGGUGCAUGGCAGCAAGAGAGAGAGAGAGAGAGAGAGAGAGAGAGAGAGAGAGAGAGAGAGAGAGAGAGAGAGAGAGAGAGAGAGAGAGAGAGAUUUAAAUAAAU